UGAACUUGAGUGUUUUGUCCUACUCACCAAUUUUGCUGCCUGGAUUUGUGCUUGGCAUGCCCGAAGUUGAUGAGGAGCCUGUCUGGGGAUUGGCGAGGGAAGACUUCGAUGGUAGUGAGUUUGGACCAGAGUAUCUGAGCUUCAACGAGGGCCAGGAGCUCGGGAUUCUCAGCAAAGAGACGGAUGGAUGGGCAUUGGGCGUGCUCAAAAAGGGCACCGAGCUGGUUCAGGGUUGGUUUCCUCCUGACUUCUGGAGCAGCAAAGGCUCUUUGGCUCCUCCAAGGAGCUCUGGACUUCAUCAAGCACACCAGGAGAAGAAGGCAAAGAAUGGCAAAGGAUCGAAAGGAGCGAAAGGAGAAGGGGCUGAGGCUGAAGAGGAGUCCACUACCCUUGCAGAUGGUGUCGUGAAGGUGUUCUUUGCAGAGCGCCGUUAUGGAUUUGUGGACUGCAAUGGGCUGGACGUGUUCUUGCAUCUCAGUGAUUGUGGACAGCAUACUCCACGUGUGGGAGAUCUCGUGCGCUUCAUGAUUGAAAGGCGUGCUUGCAACCCGAAGCAAAUGCAAGCCAAGAUGCUCGUCUCAGCACUUUCAAUUGGCCUUAUCAAACCCAUCAGUCGUUCCAUGUCUUCUCUUCUCACGAGUUUGAGAAAAUUGUUUCUAGUAGCGAUGCCAGGAGCCCCUAGUAGCGUCCUUGCUCCUCGUAGAAAAUUGUUUCUGUUGCGGUUUGUAGUGGUUUUAGUUGAGAGUUUGUUUGCCGUUUUCUCUCUCCUUCUCUGUUUGCUGGUUUGCGGGCUCGCUCACUCUCGUUCUUUUCGAGGUCGGUGACCUUUGCAGGGCGACAGGAGGUUUUGCAUCAGAACCAAAAAGGUGAAGUGAAGUCCGUUUCAAGCGGACACGGUUUCAUUGUCUCUGAUACAGGAAACGACAUUUUCUUCAGAAAGGUCAGUUGCGACAGCGGCAUGCCCAUGCCAGGUGAAAAUGUGACCUUCGAUGUGAAAUGGUCAGAAGCAAGACCCGGAUAUUUGGAGGCCGUGAAUGUGAAUGCUGAAGGUGGACAUUCAAGCACAGUGUGCCAGGAUCAUCCCACUAUCGCCGCUGUCCGAGAGUUUGCAACAGUGGUCAAUCUUUUGGCCGAGCGUGCCGAAGCAGCAGAAUCAGAAGCCGCAAUGCUUCGGGAGAAGUUGCUCUCUGCGCAUCAUCGAAUUGACGAACUGGUGGAGGAGCUGGAUAGAGUGAGGCCACCUACGGAGCACACGCCGGAAAGAACCAUCUA